AUGAACAACCAAACUGAUUCACCAGACUUUGUUUUCCUUGGACUUUCCAAUGAUCCUAAACUGCAGAUCUUUCUCCUCCUGACCUUCUCAAUCAUUUUUCUAAUUACACUGUCAGGAAACAUCGCAAUCAUUCUGAUCAUAAGAAUGGACCCUUCUCUCUCUGCACCCAUGUUUUAUUUUCUGUCUCAUUUGUCCUUUGUGGACAUUUGUUACUCCUGUAAUACUGUUCCUAAGAUGUUAAUGAAUUUUCUCAUGAAGGGAACGACAAUUUCUUUCACUGACUGCAUGACUCAAAUGUUUUGUACCCUCCUACUAGGUACUACAGAGUGUUUCCUACUUUCAGCAAUGGCUUAUGAUAGAUAUACUGCAGUGUGUCACCCACUUCAUUACAUAGUGAUCAUGAAUAAAGCAAUAUGCAAUUACUUGGUUUUGGGAGCAUGGCUAACGGGCUUGUUGUUUGCAACCAUAAACACAGUGCCCACAUUUGGCUUACAGUUUUGUGGCCUUCAUGAAAUUAAUCACUUCAGCUGUGAACUUCCACCAUUAUUGAAAGCGUCUUGUUCUGACACUUUUCUUAAUAAUUGGAUUCUUUUAUCUUCUGUAUUGGUUUUUGGACUUGGUUCCUUCUUACCAACGUUGGUCUCCUACAUUCACAUCAUCACCAGCAUCAUGAAGAUCCAUUCUGCAGACAGCAGAAGCAAAACUUUCUCUACUUGUAGCUCUCAUCUCAUUGUGGUGGGUUUGCUAUAUACAACAGGAAUGUCUCAGUACAUGAAACCCAACAGUAUUUCUUCCAUUACACUGGAUGAGCUUUUUUCUAUUCAGUACAGCAUUUUGACCCCCAUGCUGAACCCAAUUAUCUAUAGUCUGAAAAAUAAGGAAGUGAAGAGGGCACUUAGAAGAAUAUGUAACAGAAGUUAA